AUGCCGCUAGUGCCGCAGGACGUAAGAGGAGUGAGUACCCGUUCAAUGUCAGAAGCGCAGCGUGUGAGGGAAGAGGGUGCUGCAGCUCAAACCAGCGAUGCAGAAGCCAAGCCUGUGCAGGUGGAUCUUCUGCUACAGCUGCAGCACAUGAUGGCAGAGCAAGCGCGCCGCCAAGAAGAGCAAGCGCGCCGCCAAGAAGAUCAAGCGCGCCGCCAAGAAGAGCAAGCGCGCUGUCAGGCAGAACAGCUGCGGGAGCUGAAAGAAGAGCAAGCGCGCCGCCAAGAAGAGCAAGCGCGCCGCCAAGAAGAGCAAGCGCGCCGCCAAGAAGAGCAAGCACGCUGUCAGGCAGAACAGCUUCGGGAGCAAGCACGCUGUCAGGCAGAACAGCUUCGGGAGCAAGCACGCUGUCAGGCGGAACAGCUACGGGAGCUGAAAGAAGAUCAAGCUCGCCGCCAAGAGGAGCAAGCGCGUCGCUUGGAAGAGAUGCAUAAGGAUUUCACGAAGGGACUGCAAAAGGCUGUCGAACGGGUACAAGAAGUGGAGGAAGGGUUAGGCAAGUUGAAACUUCGCGUCAUGGCGAUAGAGGAGAGACUGGAAGAAGAGAUCUCCAAAAUCAAGCAGGAAGUGACAAACCCAAGCCCUUUGAAGAGCCGAAGCCGUCUUGCAGCCGUUUUUGACGCCCCAAAUGCGGCCUUAAGCGCAACGAAAGGGCUCAAGAUUCCCCAUUACGACGGAACAACAUCCUGGACUGCGUUCAAGCUACAGUUUGAGACACUUAUGGAGGCUUAUGGUUGGACUCAGAAGGAAGCACAGUCAGCCCUUACCCUGGCCCUCCGUGAUCAAGCGCUCUCAGUGCUGGAAGCUAUCGGCGCAAGUGGGGAUCUCAGCUUUAGUGCCCUCCUCGACGCACUUGAAGCACGUUUUGGAGACAGCCACCUCGAGCACGUGUAUAGAGCGCAAUUAAAAGAGCGUACUCAGCGUGCUAAUGAGAGCCUACAGCAAUGGUCCGUGGAAAUCGAGAAACUUGUACGUCGAGCUUUCCGGUCGACUCCGUCAAUGAUUGAAGGCACGCUUCUCCAAGCGUUCAUUGACGGUAUUCGGGACCCAGAAGUACGAGCUGCUGUUCAUCUGGGCCAUCACAAGAUCAUGAAAGAAGCUCUGGCCCAUGCAUUGGAAGUGGAAGCCGUGCGUAGCAACUCCCGUACCUUACGUCUGCGGGAAAUGACGACAACGGAGCAGGCUUUCAUAGCAAACAAAGACCUAAUGAUGGAGACUCUCCGAAGGUUUGGGCCGCAGUACUGUGACGUGGAGACAAUGCUGUGGAACGUUUCCGUCAUGCUGCGAGGUUUGACCCUCAAUAUUGACAGGCGUAAUAAGAAACCUAUCCCGAUUGUGGUGUACAUAGUCUCCAUCUCAAUUUGUUUGGGUUAUUUCUACGUAUACCUGGUGUCUAUGAGCUGGUUCGUAUUCCACCGCUGUCAAGAGACCGGUGAUCUUCUGGCAGCCAUCAUCGUCUUCUCCUUGGGAGUCUCCAGCGAGAUCGGAACUGUUAAGCUGAUUUUUAUGUUCUUACAUAUUGGCAAAGUGCGGCGUAUAGUGUCAGAAUGUUUGGAGUGCGAUUCCCUAGUGGUGGCUGGUUCCCGGUUCUCGACCAACCUACUGAGGACCCUGACGGUGGUGAAGAAACGAGCUCUGAUGUUCUGGGUGGUGAUUAUUGGCAAUGGUGUUGUGUAUGUUGCCAAACCAAUCAUAUUGCCCGGCCGCCAUUUUACUGAAGAUAAGUUUAUACUUUAUGGUCGAACGGAAAUCACGUUGCCGCUCCGGGGAGUGCGGAGAGCGGAACGGCAACGUUGUAAAAACGCGUGGCGGGGAAUGCUAACAGUUCGCCGGUCGGUAACAGCGCCGCGCGUCAACAUGGCAGUUUUCGACACGACAAAAUUAAUAGAAGAAGUUAAACGUAGAAAUGUGUUGUGGAUGAGUGGGAAUCGCAGUUCUCAUGGAGAAGCCGAUGCUAGGAUUAAAGCAUGGGAAGAAAUUGCAGCGGCUUUAUACCACGAUUGGAACGUUUGCUCGGAAAUACAAAGAAUACAGAGACGUUUGGAACCAAUGGAUCAGAACCCAAACUACCAGAUAGCCACGAUCCUGUGUAUGGCAGGAGUCAUCUUCACAUGCUACCUUCCAGCUAACAUCACUGCAUUCCUUAUUGUAGUCACCGGUUACAUUGAAGCACAAAUGCUGUCCCUCACAGAAGAGCUGCUACACCUCUGGGAAGAUGCAGAUUCCCACUAUUACGUUACACAUCAGACGAACGCAGUUUUAGAAGAAAGUAUAGAAAACACAAUAUUAAGAAACAAAGUCAUAAACGAUUAUAUAGAAAGCCAUCUCAAGGACAUUAUAAAGACGCACGGAAGAAAUAUUAACUUAUUACAUCAAGUUGAAAGUGUCUAUAGUGGGGCUAUAGCUUUGGAAUUUGUUAUUUUAGGGGUUGGUCUAAUAGCAGAAUUGUUAGGAGGACUAGAAAACACGUAUCUGGAGAUACCAUUCGCUUUAGCCCAAGUCGGAAUGGACUGUUUCACAGGUCAGCGGGUCAUGGAUGCCAGCUUAAAGUUUGAAAGAGCAGUUUAUGAUUGUAAAUGGGAGAACUAUAAUCUUUCUAAUAUGAAGAUAGUCCUGAUGAUGCUCCAAAAUUCUCAGAAGACAAUGAAGUUGUCAGCUGGUGGCAUUAUCAUGCUCAGCUUCAGCUGCUUGAUGCAGGUCUUUCGAUCAAUAUACUCCGCGUAUACGACACUAAGGUCGACUAUGAAAUAG